CUCCGUGGGCCCCGGCUCUCCGACCCGCAGCCCCGGCCCCGAGGCCAACAUGAGCUUUCUGAGCCGGCAGCAGCCGCCGCCGCCCCGCCGCGCCGGGGCCUCCUGCACGUUGCGGCAGAAGCUGAUCUUCUCUCCCUGCAGCGACUGUGAGGAAGAGGAGGAAGAGGAGGAGGAGGAGGGCAGCGGCCACAGCACCGGGGAGGACUCGGCCUUUCAGGAGCCCGACUCGCCGCUGCCGCCCGCACGGAGCCCCACGGAGCCCGGGCCCGAGUGUCGCCGCUCGCCCGGCCCUGCCCCGGGCAGCCCUGGGGAGCUGGAGGAGGACAUUCUGUUGCGGGGCGCCUGCCCAGGCGCCGACGGGGCUGGCGGCGGGGCCGAGGGCGACUCGUGGGAGGAGGAGGGCUUCGGCUCCUCGUCGCCGGUCAAGUCGCCGGCCGCAGCCUACUUUCUGGGCAGCUCGUUCUCGCCCGUGCGUUGCGGCGGCCCGGGGGACGCUUCCCCGCGGGGCUGCGGGGCGCGCCGGGCCGGCGAGGGCGCCUGCUCGCCGCUCCCCGACUACCCGGGCACCCCGCCGCACAAGACCUUCCGUAAGCUGCGGCUUUUCGACACGCCGCACACCCCCAAGAGUUUGCUUUCCAAAGCUCGAGGAAUCGAUUCCAGCUCUGUUAAACUCCGGGGUGGUUCUCUAUUCAUGAAUUCAGAAAAAUCGGGAAAAAGGGAAUUUGACAUGCGACAGACGCCACAAGUAAAUAUUAAUCCUUUCACUCCGGAUUCUGUGUUGCUUCAUUCCUCAGGACAGUGUCGUCGAAGAAAAAGAACUUAUUGGAAUGAUUCCUGUGGUGAAGACAUGGAAGCCAGUGAUUAUGAGUUUGAAGAUGAAACAAGACCUGCUAAAAGAAUUACAAUUACUGAAAGCAACAUGAAGUCUCGGUAUACAACAGAAUUUCAUGAGCUAGAGAAAAUUGGCUCUGGAGAAUUUGGUUCUGUGUUUAAGUGUGUAAAGAGACUGGAUGGAUGCAUUUAUGCCAUUAAACGGUCAAAGAAGCCAUUGGCCGGCUCUGUCGAUGAGCAGAACGCUUUGAGAGAAGUAUAUGCUCAUGCAGUGCUUGGACAGCAUUUUCAUGUGGUUCGCUAUUUCUCUGCAUGGGCAGAAGAUGAUCAUAUGCUCAUACAGAAUGAAUAUUGUAAUGGCGGAAGUUUGGCUGAUGCCAUAAGUGAAAACUACAGAAGCAUGAGUUACUUUAAAGAAGCAGAGCUGAAGGAUCUCCUUUUGCAAGUUGGUCGAGGCUUGAAGUAUAUUCAUUCAAUGUCUUUGGUUCACAUGGAUAUAAAACCUAGUAACAUCUUCAUAUCUCGAACCUCAAUCCCAAAUGCUGCCUCUGAAGAAGGAGAUGAAGAUGACUGGGCAUCCAACAAGGUUAUGUUUAAAAUAGGUGAUCUUGGGCAUGUAACAAGAAUAUCUAGUCCACAAGUCGAAGAGGGUGAUAGUCGUUUUCUUGCAAAUGAAGUUUUGCAGGAGAACUAUACCCAUCUACCAAAAGCGGAUAUUUUUGCCCUUGCCCUCACGGUAGUAUGUGCUGCUGGUGCUGAACCUCUUCCCAGAAAUGGAGACCAGUGGCAUGAAAUCAGACAGGGUAGAUUACCUCGGAUACCACAAGUGCUUUCCCAAGAAUUUACAGAAUUGCUAAAAGUUAUGAUUCACCCAGAUCCAGAGAGAAGACCUUCAGCAAUGGCACUGGUGAAGCAUUCGGUAUUGCUGUCUGCUUCUAGAAAGAGUGCAGAACAAUUACGGAUAGAAUUAAAUGCUGAAAAGUUCAAAAAUUCACUUUUGCAGAAAGAACUCAAGAAAGCCCAGAUGGCAAAAGCUGCAGCUGAGGAAAGAGCACUCUUCACUGACCGAAUGGCCACUAGGUCCACCACCCAGAGUAAUAGAACAUCUCGACUUAUUGGAAAGAAAAUGAAUCGCUCUGUCAGCCUUACUAUAUACUGAACUACUCAUUUCCCACCUCCCCCUCCAGAAAACUGUGACGAGAGGAAGCUAGGUUGAAAUCACUGCUAGAAUCCAGCGGGCGAUUAACUUACUGAAUUGGUGUCGUUAGUUUUACUGAAAUGCCUUUUAGGACUUUUAUUUGUGAAUUACAGUUGAAAGCUAUAUUUUGACCAUUGUUUAUCAGGCUUUCUCCUAGUCUUAUCAGUCUGUCUUCUGUAGGUUGUCAGUCACUGUUGGAUGUUACACCGGCCUUCCCAGGGUUAACCACUGUGGUGGUGUGCUGCUUAUAGUUCGCUGUUGCGUUGUAAUAAAAGGUAUCUUUCCCUGUAGUGACCUGUAAAAAGGACUCAAGGGCUUUAUUACAAAUAUAUUCUCCCUUUGAAAAGGGAAAUGCUAAGAGACCCAGUACUAUUCAGCCUUCAGUGUACCUAUGUGUCAGUCUUACAUUUCAUUUCUUUUUUUUACUUGUGAAUUUUACUUGUAUAUCCAACUGGGAGCACUUUGUAGGCAUUGCAUGAACCAUGGAAUAAUUCCGUGGAAGUAUGCCUUGUGAAUUUGCUGCUAUUUUAGUUUUGUCUUUGCUGUAAAAUUGUAGCAUUAAACAAUCAUUGUUGUUAAUAGGCUUUCUUUUGGAACAAUUAUGUGAAAUAUAUAAGCUGCUCUUGAUGAAAAGCAGCAAUUUCCCUUUUUUUUUCCUUUGAACUUUGAAGCUAGUGCAUUGGAAAAAUGCACCUUCCCCCCCCCUUUGGAACGCUGUAUUAAUGUAGUAUAAUUAUUACUGGUUUUGUAAUUUUUUCCUGGUAAUGUCCUUCCCUGACUUUUUAAAAAUGUCUCCUCCCUUUCCCCAAGUUUUGUACUUGAUUGUAUUAUUACUCUGUUUUUAAAUGUUUUGCUUGGUUUCUCUUCAAUAUUUGUGUACAUAAACUAGUACUGUAUAUAGCUGUUUGAAAUGCCAGAAUGACUUCUGACUAUUCCAAGUUUUUCGCAAAAUAUAUUUUAUCUGUGAUUAGCCAUUUGACUAAUAAAUACUGGCUAACAGAUGUUGAAAAAAAAAUAGAAUUUGACUAUUGCUUGUUUCCUUGUUAAUUUUGGUUCAAGACAUCUUUGCCACUUGUCUGUUUGACUUGUGUUUUAAUUAACAUUAAUUGGCAUAUUAAAAGUCACUCUGUGCUUA